AUGAAAACAUCGACAUAUGACAUUUCGCAAAGAUUGUGCAGUGAAUCCUCUACAUAUGCAAUAAGCGAAUGUCCGCUGGCGCAGGGUGAGCUGCCGCCCAUCGGCGGCGUCGCGGCGGGUGGCGCGAGCGGCGCGGGCGGCGGCGCGGCGCGCGUGGUGGCGGGCGCCACGCUGCAAAACCCGGACGGGCUGGCGGUGGACUGGGUGGGCGGCAACGUGUACUGGUGCGACAAGGGCACGGACACGCUGGAGGUGGCGCGGCUGGACGGGCGGCACCGGCGCGUGCUGCUGCGCGCGGCGCUGAGCGAGCCGCGCGCGCUGGCGCUGCUGCCGCGCGCCGGGCUGCUGUACUGGUCGGACUGGGGCACGGCGCCGCACAUCGGGCGCGCCGGCAUGGACGGCGCGGCGCCACGCGUGCUGCUGGCGCACGGCCUGGGCUGGCCCAACGCGCUCACGCUCUCGCCCGCCUCCAACGAGCUCUUCUUCGCGGACGCGCGCGAGGACUACAUCGCCGUGGCCGACCUGGACGGCCAGCACGUGCGCAUACUCUUCUCGAGAGACCGCAUGCCGUGGCUGCGGCUGCACCACGUGUUCGCGCUGGCGGUGUGGGCGGGCCGCGUGUACUGGACGGACUGGGAGACGCGCGCCGUGGAGUCCUGCCGCCUCGUGCCCGACCCGCACUUCAAUGUGUCGGAAGUGGUGCCGUUGUCGAGUGGCGACGCCUACCGCUGCCGCACGGAGGUGCACACCGUGCACAAGCCCAUGGAUCUGCGCGUGCUGCACCCCGCGCGCCAGCCGCCGAUACCGCAUCUGACGGCGCUGUGUGAGACGCUGAACUGCACGGGGCUGUGUCUUUUGACGGCGGAGAGCGAGCCGGGUGGUGGUGCCGGCGCGCGCUGCGCCUGCCCCGAGCACUUCGUGCUGGAAACCGACGGGCGCUCGUGCCGACCCAACUGCACCUCCUCGCAUUUCGUGUGCAAGGACGCCCUCAAGUGCAUCCCCUUCUGGUGGCGCUGCGACACGCAGGACGACUGCGGCGACGGGUCCGACGAGCCGGCCUCGUGCCCGCCCUUCCGCUGCUCGCCCGGACAGUUCCAAUGCGGCAACGGUCGCUGCGUGCACCCCGCGCACAUCUGCGACGGCGCGCAGCACUGCGGCGACGGCUCCGACGAGCGCGACUGCGACCGCUUCACCUGCCUCGCCUCGCAGUGGAAGUGCGCCGCCGCGCCGCCGCGCGCCGCGCGCUGCGUGCCCGCCGCCGCGCGCUGCGAUGGCGUGCGCGACUGCGCGCUGGGCGACGACGAGCGCGACUGCCCGCCGCCCACCUGCCCGCCCCAUCAUUUCCAGUGCGGCACGGGGUCUUGCGUGCCGCUGGUGUGGGUGUGCGACGAGGACGGCGACUGCGGCGACGAGUCGGACGAGGGCGCGCACUGCGCCAACCGCACGUGCCUGCGCAGCGAGUUCCGCUGCGGGUCGGGGCGCUGCGUGCCGCGCGACUGGCUGUGCGACGGCGAGCCCGACUGCCCGGCGCGCGAGGACGAGGCGAACUGCGAUGCGCGCGCCGCCUGCGACCCCACCUACUUCCGCUGCGGCGACCUGCGCUGCGUGCCUGGCCGCUGGCGCUGCGACUUCGAGGAGGACUGCCUUGACGGCUCCGACGAACGCGACUGCACGCCGCGGAACUGUUCCGAGUCAGAGUUCCGGUGCGACAGCGGCGAGUGCAUCCCGGGCGCGCUGCGCUGCUCGGGCGCGGCGGAGUGCGCGGGCGGCGAGGACGAGCGCGCCUGCGCCGCCGCCUGUGCGCCGCACGCGCGCCUCUGCGCGCUCUCCGGCGAGUGUCUGCGCGAAGAGUGGUGGUGCGACGGCGAGGUGGACUGCGCGGACGGGUCGGACGAGGCGGCGUGCGCGGCGGCGGCGGGCGCGGGCGCGGGGGCGGCGGCGUGCGGCGCGCGCCUGGCCUGCGCCGGCGCCUGCGCGCCCGCCGCCUGGCGCUGCGACGCGCGUCGCGACUGCGCCGACGGCGCCGACGAGCAGCACGCGCUCUGCGCGCACACCGCCUGCCCGCCGCCCAUGAUCAGGUGCGGAGACAACACGUGCAUCCCUCCGCAACUGAUGUGCGACGGCUUCGAUGACUGUACCGAUUCCAGUGACGAAAACCCUCUGAUAUGCAGUCGCACCAACGCGGACUCGCUGUGUGCCGCGGACGAGCAGCUGUGCGGCGACGGGCGCUGCAUACCUGCUACCACCUCCUGCGAGCCUGAGGCCGGCGGCUGCGGCUGGCGCACGUGCCCGCAGCGCUGCCUGCCCAAGCACGCGCACAACCACACCUGCAAAUGUGUGCCCGGAUACAAGCAGCACCAGCUAGCGGACGGCACCUUGACUUGCGAAGCUACAGGGGAGAAGGCAAAGUUGCUGGUGGCGUCUAACGGCGUGUUGCGCCUGCUCGAGCUGCACAAGCACGACCACGAGCCGCCGCUUCCUGACGACCCCGACAGCGCGGAGAUCGUGUCGGUGUGCGCGGCGCCGGUGGGCGGCGCGUGGUGGGCGUGGUGGGGCGACGCGCGCGGCCGCGUGCGCCGCCUGCGCCUGCGCGCGCCCGCCGCCAAGCGCCCCGCCGAGCUGCUGCCCGCGCUGCCGCCGCCGCCCGCCGCGCCCGCGCCCGCCGACCUGGCGCGCGCCGACACCGUCGUCGGCGGCGGCGGCGUCGUGCGCGGCGUGGCCGUCGACCCGCUGUCGGAGCGCCUCUACUGGACCAGCGUGACGCAGGGCGGCGCGGGCGGCGUGCUGGGCGCGCUGCACGCCGCCACGCUGGACGGCCGGCGCCGCGUCACGCUGUGGCAGCAGCCCGGCGCCGAGCCCGACGACGUCGUCAUAUCUGUGGAAACCGGUGAGAUCUUCUGGUCGGAGCGCGGCGCGCUUGGCGGCGUGCUGGGUGCACGGCUGGACGGGGGCGGGCGCCGCUGGGUGGUGCGCGCGCGCAGCCGGCGGGGCGGCGCGCUGGCGCUGCUGGCGCCGGCCGCGCGCCUGUACGCGGUGGACACGUACUACGGCGCGCUGCUCAGCGUGACGCUGGGCGGCGGCGACCGCGCCACGCACCUGCUGUUCCGCCCCGACGCCGGCGCGCCGCUGCCGCCGCACAUCGACAAGAACAAGGAGGGCACGGAAUGGCAGCGUGUGAGCAGCCGUGCGUGCGUGCGCAUGGCGGUGUGGGAGGAGUGGGUGUGGUGCGCCACGCCGCGCGGCCUGCUGCCGCUGCCGCGCCGCCCGCCACCGCCCGCCCCCGCCCCCGCCCCCGCGCACGCGCCGCUGCGCCACCGCGCGCCCGUGUCUGCGCUUGCCAUCCUACACCCCGCGCUCUUCCACUCUCUGCUCACGAUGGACGACCCCUGCCGGCCGGCGGACGGCAGCGCCGCGUGCCACGACAGCGCGCUGUGCCUGCGCGGUGCCGCGGGCCGCACGUGCGUGUGCCCCGACGGUCUCUUACCUUCCAACGACCACAGCGAUGAGCGGCUGGAAUGCGUGAUGUCGCCGGCUGGUGCGGGGGCGGAGGCGGGCGGCGCGUGCCCCGGCGGCUGCGGGCCGGGCGCGUGCACGGGCGCGGGCGCGUGCGCGUGCCCCGGCGAGUACGCGGGCGCGCGCUGCCAGCACUACCGCUGCGCCGAGCACUGCCACCGCCGCGGCCGCUGCGGCCUGGCGCGCCCCGACGCGCCGCCGCACGUGGGCGACGACGACCUGCCGCCGCUCAAGUGCACGUGCUACCCGCGCUACUCGGGCGAGCGCUGCGAGAUCAAGCUGGAGGCGCCGAACACGUCGCCCGCCACCGGCGCCGGCAGCGCAGCCGACACCACCAGCACCACCAGCAGCGCCGCCAGUGCCGGCCCCGCGGCGGACGCGUGCGGGCGCUGCGCGCACGGCGCCGCGUGCCGCCGCCUGCCCGCCGGCGUGCACUGCGACUGCGCCGAGGGAUACGUCGGAGAGAACUGCACGGAGUGCGCGGCGGGCGCGGCCGGCGCGGCGUGUCGCGCGGCGCCCUGCCGGGACUACUGUCUGAACGGCGGCACGUGCCGGGAGGAGGGCGGCGCGGCGCGCUGCGCGUGCGCGGCGGCCUGGCGCGGCGCGCGCUGCGAGCGCCCCGCGCCCGCCGCCCGCGUGGGCCCCGGCCUCUGCCCCGCGUGCGCCGGCCGCGCCCGCACAGCUCCAGCGCGAACACUACUG